AUGAAGCUCUCAAUCGUGUUGGCGUUGGCGUUGGCCAUGGUGGGUGCAGUUCCUCGGGAAGGCUUCGGUCCAGGCAUGCAGGACUGGGGGUUUGCUGAAGUUCGACCGGGUGCCCAUAUGUUCUGGUGGCUGUACUACACGACCGCUGACGUACCCUCCCAUGCCGAUCGACCGCUCGUGAUUUGGCUCCAGGGUGGUCCUGGCGCGUCCUCUAUGUACGGUAACUUCGAAGAGCUUGGCCCACAGACACUCGAGCUGGACGAACGGAACCACACGUGGGUGCGGGACUAUAACGUCCUGUUCAUCGACAACCCCGUCGGAACAGGCUUCAGCUAUGUGGAGGACUUUUCACUGCUCACCAAAACGAAUGGCGAAAUUGCGGACGAUUUGGUAGAACUCAUGAAACAAUUCUACACCCUGCAGCCCGAGUUCCGCGAUACACCAUUGCACAUUUAUGCCGAGAGCUACGGAGGCAAGAUGGCACCCGAGUUUGCGUACGUGCUUGAUAAAGCGAUCAAGAACGGUGAGAUUGAUUGCAAUCUGCAGUCGGUCGGCAUUGUGGCACCGUGGGUUUCGCCCAUCGAUUCGGUACUAUCGUGGGCCGAGUUCCUACUCAACAUGGGCUUUGUCGACACGAAAGGCUACAAUGCAAUCCAGGCUGCGGCUAUCGAAACGGAGCACGUUCUCAACCAGGGUCAAUGGGAACAGGCGACUAACUUGUGGGGAAUGACGGAAAACGUAAUACUUCGUGAGACACACGGAAUUGAUUUCUACAACGUUCUGUUCAAACAGGAUGCAGCUAGUACUAGAUCACAACUGGAGCAGUUCUCUCGCGACAUGAGAAGUGCAAUUGCAUCUCGUGCCACCCGCUUAGCGACGGAAGAUCGUGAUCAGAUGUUGGAAGAUCUGAUGCGUUUUGAGGUAGCACCCGCACUGAGUCUUCCGGCAGAAUCGGUCUACGGUGCUCAGAGCGGUCGGGUGUUUAACACACUUGCCGGUGACUUCAUGAAACCCGCCAUCGAUGUGGUAGAACUGCUGCUCAACAACACCAGCCUCGAUGUGGUGAUCAUCACCGGGCAGCUCGAUCUGAUCGUAGCCACCCCGGGUAAUGUGCGAUGGAUCGAGAAGGUCCAGUGGAGUGGCCGUAACAACUACCUGCAAUCACCGCGGAAUGCCGUCGGUCAGCACGGUGUGUUGGAGGGCUAUGAGAAGAGUUUUGGAAAGUUGGCUGUCUACUGGGCAUUGAGAGCCGGCCAUAUGGUUCCCGCUGACAACCCCAUCCUGAUGGACUACAUUCUUCAGAAGCAUGUACCGGUGUAA